AUGGUAAAAGAUGGCCAUGAGGUGGAUUUCCUCUGUUAUUUCACUAUCCUGGAUAACCUUAAGGCAUGUGGCUUUAACAUUCUUGAUGGAGAUAAGUUAUAUUACCUUAAACCAAGAACUCCUAUUAGUGACUUGAAUGGGCUUGUACGUGUGAAUGAUGAUGAUGAUGUUUCAUCCAUGCUGUCCUCUUAUAAGAAACACAUGCUAUCUAUAUUUGAGAUAUACACAUUGUCAAGAAAACAUGAUAUUUUGCCAAAUGAAAGCAUGGGAGAAGAGAUUCCUCUGGACAGUGAUCCCCAUGAUCCAAUUUAA